ACCCAAUAAUCACAUGUGACCGCAUGUUUCAGGAAGCGAAAACAUGGAGAGUUUAAAUGUUUAAAUUGGAGUUUCAAACAGGUUUUAGCGGGAUUUUAUGAAGCAGGACGCUGAAAAUCCACCGUUCUGGUCUCGGACAUGCGUUUCCAAGUUCUCGUCGCUGCUGUCUUCUGGUCUGGAUUUGUGGAUUCGCGGAAAGUUAGAGGAAUAUCCUCGUCCUACAAGAGGUUCUACAAAGAGAGGAAGUCCUUUCUGUGCAUCGAUGGGUCCAAAAUCAUCCCCUUUGAGCAGGUGAACGAUGACUACUGUGACUGUGAGGAUGGAUCUGAUGAACCAGGCACCUCAGCGUGUCCUCGUGGCCGAUUCUACUGCACCAAUCUGGGUUUUCGGCCACAUUACAUCCCAUCAUCACGGGUCAAUGAUGGCAUCUGUGAUUGCUGCGAUGCUUCAGACGAAUACAACAGCCCUGCUCACUGCCAGAACACUUGCUGGAAUCUGGGGCAGAAAGAAAGGGCCUACGUGGAGGGCCAGAUGAGGACCCUGGACGAGGGUUUGCGACUCAAACAGCAGCUGAUUGAGGAGGGAGUUCUGCUCUGGAGGGAGAAACAGGCCCAGCUGAGAGAGCUCCAGCAGGUAGCCGAAGACCUACAGAUCAAAUUAGAGGAGCAUCGGAGGAGGAAGCAUGAAGCCGAGCGACUCAAAGAGCAAACAUUAAAGGCUCUGGAAGCAGGUGACAGCGGUCUCAGACAUCAGAACCGAACAGUGACCAGCAUUUUCCAGUUACUGGACAGCGAUAAAGAUGGCAGUAUAACAGUGGAUGAAGUCAAGGCUAAAGUGGUGCUGGUUCACGACGAGGAGCGACUUCUCUCCGAGGACGAAGCACUGGGUUUGUUGGGAGGAGGCCAUCAAAUCGACCUCACCAAGUUCCGACGAACACUCUGGGAUGUCCUAACAAGAGGAGACAGUGUCAAGAUCAAAGACACACCAGGCAGUGAUGAUCCUCACUUAGAGGCAGCUGACAAAGCUGCAGAGUGGGAGGCUACCAAUCUGAAGAAGGUAGAAGAAGCCUAUGAGACAGUCAACAUGGAAAUAAGUGAUCUACGGAAGAAGCUGGCCAUAGACUAUGGAACAGAUUGGGAGUUUCUGUUUUUGAACAGCCAGUGUUACAAGCUGCAGGUGUAUGAGUAUAUUUACACCCUCUGCCCGUUCAAUCAAGUCACACAAAAGAACACUGCUGGAACAGAGGUGUCAUUAGGGACGUGGGGGAUGUGGGCAGGAACGCCGAAGAACCAGUACAGUCAGAUGGUGUAUGAGAACGGAGAACCCUGCUGGCAAGGAGGUUCACGCACCACCACAGUCACUCUGACAUGCGGAACGGAGACAGCCCUGCGAUCGGUGAAGGAGCCCAGCAAAUGCCAGUACAUCAUGGACUUUCAGACUCCGGUGGCCUGUCAGCCGGUGCUGAAGCAGCGCGGUGUACACAGCGAACUGUGACCCGACCGGACUAGAAUAACUCGGACCCGACGCCCCCUCGGCUAGCCGGCAGUGACAGUCCGGGUCCUCAGGGUCCCCUCUGACAUCUGUGUUGUCAGAACAUAUAUACUUCCAAGCAGAAGGUCACAAUCUGAUCUUCAGCAGCACUCUUUAGUUUCCAAUGAUUGUUACGGCUCUGCUUUAUCUUAUUGACUGAAGGAUUUAAGGAACACAGGUCAGUGUUUAUGCCUUUAAAGGCUUUAGAUUGCAAUGUAAAUAAUAGUGCUGUUUUAAAUACCUGCUUAUUCAUGCGCACAAAUCAAAGAACUACGUCCUUCAAUUUCAUUCGAGCAGAUUCCUUCUUAUAGACAGCCUUAUUUAACCCUUAAAGAGAAGUCUGGUAAUGUGAUGUAUUUCUGUUACUGUCAACAAGUCCCAUGCAAAGACCAAACCAACAAUGAUGUAAUCUGCACCGCAGAGCAAAAACCAACAUGUGCACUUUCUAAUGUGUAAGUCCGCACCUGAACCUAGUCCUCAACAUUCAUGUUUGAGUGACCAACAAACUAAAUGUAACUUCUUUUAAAAUUUCAGCUCAUUGCAACCUAGCAAAGUAUUGUUGGUUUGCUCUUUUCAAAAGGCAAAGCAAAAGCUAUAAACUAAAGUCAUUACAGUAUAUUUUCAUGAAAAAAAAACAACUUGAUCACUGUGUAAAUGGUCAAAAAUAGCGACAUUAGCACAGAUGUAUUUCUGUUACUGACAGAAAGUCCCAUGAAAAGACCAAAACUAACAAUGACAUGAUCUUUACAACAAUUGCUAGUUUUAGAGCUAAAAAUCAAACAUGAAUUGAAUUAUUCAGCUAGUAUUAGGUGCUAAGUACAAAAAGAUUUUGACAAAAUAUUGUUGGAUUUGUUCUUCUCAAGAGACAAAUUAUAAACUAAAGUCAUUACAGUAUAUUUUCAUGAAAUAUCCAACUAGGUCACGGAGUAAAUGCAGCGCUCGAUUUGGACGGUCGCCAGGUCGGCAUUUGCGAAUAAAACGUCGCAAAUGCCGACCCGGCGACCGUCCAAAUCGAGCGCUCGAUCAAGCUGAACCGCGUAUCAUGUUUUCUUCAUGGAGGCAGCCACUUUGUAUGAUGUCAUCAACCUCCUAUCAUUCCCGGCGCUCGCGGCGACCUGGCGACCGUCUAAAUCGAGCGCUGUAAAUGGUCAAAAAUAUCGACAUUACCAUUGAUGUGUUUCUGUUACUACCAGAAAGUCCCAUGAAAAGAUCAAAACCAACAAUGACACGAUCUUUAGAACAGAAAUUACUAAAUUUAGAACUAAAAAAAUCAAACAUGAACUUGAAUUGAAUAAACUCAAAAAAAAAAUUGAAUAAGUAUUGUUGGCUUUCUUCUUUUCAAGAGACAAAGUAUAUUUACACCAAAGAUCCAACUAGAUCACUGUGUAAAUAGUUCAAAAUAGUGACAUUACUGUGAAUGUACCUGCUGUAUCAUUUCACUAUCUGGUGUUAAUGGGAAACAUUAUUUCCGAAACAAUCACAAAGAGUUAAAUAUUCAAAGUAUAGACCUGCAGUUGAUGUAUGCAUAGUAUUCAUUUAUACACUACAGCUACAGUAGUAUGGUCUAAUAUUUACAGUCUUUCGGUGAUUACUGUAUACUGGAUGUAACAUCUCUGGUCUGUGCAGGCUGCUUCACGCUGUGCAUGCUGUCUAUGAUGUUGUUAUGUAACAGAUUGUGGGGUUUCUGCAGCAGAGCCCUCUGCUCAUUAAGGGGGAGCUAAAUCAGCUGUCAGGUAUCCAAUAGGCUGCCUGAUAUAUUCCUACGCUGCUGGGGCAGCUGGGUGGCUGUUUGCCUGCUAGCAAUGCAAUAGCCUGAGGCCCUGCAGCCCAGGGACUGUUGCUUUAUAUUUAUCUGCCUUCAGCUCCUAUCCACACUCUCUGUUUGAUGGUCAAUGGAACUAGUUGCUUUCACCUUCCAUUUUCACAGCAGCGGUCACCAAAUCUGGUAGAAGGGAUUCUCAAAACUAACGUCACAAAUUUGACUUCUAAGCAACUAUCAAGUCUGCUAAACUGUCAAAACUGUUUUGUUUUUAAUAACAUAUUUCGAUUCCCCACAAUCUGACACGGCAUCACUGUAUAUUGUAAUCUCUGCUUCAGCACAAACCUCCAAACUCAACCAACAGCUGGAAAUCCUGCCAAUCAGCCCGAUGGUGUCAAGAGCAGGAGGCAGCAUCACAUUACCGGCAUCUGGAGAAAAAGUUUAUAUUGCAACAUAUGGUGAACCAUGUGAUUGCGCCUCAUAAAGAACUUUUCCUCAGUCUGCAGGGUAUUAACAACUCCUCACUUUACUGAAUGAUCAUCAUGUGUUAAAUUACUUGCGUACUUCACCCCACACAGCGUGGGUGGGAAGCACAUUGGAAGAUAGCAGUUUAAAUGGACAGUUAUUAAAAAGAAGAUUAAAAAAAACACAA